AUGGCAUCAAGCAAUUAUUUCGGCUUCACCCAUGCCACCGGUGCCCAGUACAGUACCCAGCCUACCCCAGCCUACUCUCAUCCCUCAACAGCUACUUACAGUGUCCAGCAGGCUCCCACAGUGCCUCAUGCCGUGACCGCCUCAUACUCUCCAGCCACAGUGCAGGCGGCCCAGCCUGUAGUCAGUUCUCCUUACGCCUAUCAGAGCCACCAGCCCCCUCAGGAUUAUAACUACAGGCAACCAGACCCCCCGGCACCACCUCUGCCCACCACCACACAGCAGACGUAUCAGGUGUACUCUGACACGCAGGAUAACUACAACUAUGCCCGACCUGCUGUUGUGACCACAUAUGACAAUAAACAGUACUACCAGACGAGUAUUGCUUCUGCCCAGAGGAGUACUGCUGACAAUUACUACCAAACUGUCGGCGUGAAAAGUGCUUACACUCCAGCCCCCACCACCGCAUACAGCCACCCAUCUCCUCUCCAGAGGCAGGUUACAACGAUGAAACCACUGACGCCUAGCAGCUUGGUGUCCACCAGCUAUAAUAUCUACUCACCGUCCAGCAGUGCGCAGCAACCGCAAACUUCCAUUUCAUCCUAUAAGCCUGGCUCCACCUUCAGCUCGACCGCUUCAGCCACCUCAUACUCUGGCCAUAGCUACUCUACGUAUGGGUCAACUGGCUACACCUCUACAUCUGCCACCUAUUACCGCUCAGCCCAGCAGUCUUCGGCCCAGCCUCCACACCAACGAAAGCAACAGCCGCCACCCCAACAGCCUCAACAACAACCACGCUCCAAGCAACUGACGAGCGCUUCUUGGAGCAAUCCCGGUAGCAACAUGGUGACGACUUCAAUGGGAAGCACCUACAAAAGGCCUGCAUUUCACCAGAACAAGCUGCCGAAGCCUAAAGGACCCGCCAAGCCACCCCAGCUUCAUUACUGUGACAUUUGUAAGAUAAGCUGUGCAGGCCCUCAGACUUAUUGGGAGCACCUUGAGGGCCAGAAACAUAAGAAAAAAGAAGCUGCUCUGAAGACUGGCAGUCAGACGGGGGCUUGCAAUGGAACCAAAGGGGUUCAAACUCACUUACGAUGCGAGUUGUGUGAUGUGUCCUGCACUGGAAUUGAUGCCUACACUGCGCACAUCCGGGGCGCCAAACACCAGAAGGUGUUGAAACUGCACACCAAACUGGGCAAGCCUAUUCCCUCCACUGAGCCUGUUUUGGUGAAGACAUCAACAACUACCAAGCUAUCGGGCUCCUCCACCGACGUGGCCUCGGAAGCAAACACUGCUGCGUCUACUGCCGCACCCAAACCUUCUUUAAACACUGCAGCAAAAACAAUUACAAAUGUGAAGAAACUCGUUCCGUCCAAGUUAACUUUGACUGCGUGUAAACCAGCCAGUGCUCAAGCAGCUUUGACAGCCGCACCACCUCUGGCGGCAGCGGGGAAUGUAGAGCCAACUGUGCCAGAAGAUUAUAUCAAGGUCCAGGGGGACAUCCAGCCAGUUGGGAAUGACUAUGUUGAGGAGGUGCAUAACAGCGACGGCAAAGUGAUUUGGUUCCAUUGUAAACUAUGUGAGUGUAGUUUCAAUGAUCCAAAUGCUAAAGACAUGCACCUGAAGGGAAGACGGCACAGACUUCAAUACAAGAGGAAAGUGAACCCAGAGCUCCCAGUGGAAAUUAAAGCCAAUAACCGAAACAGAAAGCUUCAGGAGAUUAAUCUGAAGAAGCAGAAGGCGUUGCUGAAAAGACAGCAAGAAGACCAGCAGCGCUGGCACAUGGAAAUGAGGCGAUACGAGGAGGACAUGUACUGGAGAAGAAUGGAGGAGGAGCAUAUGUACUGGGGGGAGCAGAGACGCAGUAUGGCUCCCCCACCUCUCAUGAGCCACCCUGGUAUGCCUGUGCCCCCUCUGCUGCCUUGUAUGAGGCGACCAGGUUCACCCGAUGACCGCCUUGUGAUGGCCAAACAUGCCACUAUUUACCCGGGGGAGGAGUUGUUGCAGGCUGUCCAGAGGAUUGUCUCCCACUCUGAACGAGCCCUGAAGAUGGUGUCAGACAAUCUGUUUGAGGAGAACACCUCUACUGCUGCUACUGAGAAUGAAGACGUGAAAAGCACUGGGACCUCCACACAUCUGUUAAAAGGUGUCAUGCGUGCGGGCAUCUUGGCCAAAGGCCUGCUACUUCGGGGCGACACGAAUGUUCAUCUCAUCCUUCUCACCAUCAAGAAACCCACCGUCUCCUUACUUAUGAGCAUUGCUAAGCAGCUGCCCAAAGAAAUGGCGACAUUUUCUGAAGAUCAGUAUGAGGUGCAGGCUCACCCAGAGGAGGCCAACAUCGUCAUUAUAUCGAGCAAGGAGCCCAUAAUGCGAGUGACCAUUUCUCUCACAUCGCCACUCAUGAGGGACGACCCUGCUGCUGAGAAGGACAAGCAGGCAGGAGGAAAAGCGGCUGAGAAAGAUGUGGCAGACAAUGAUCCGACCGAUCUUCUGAAUAGGCAAAAAUGUUUGGAACACUUGGCCACACUGCGUCAUGCCAAAUGGUUUCAGGCUCGUGCCAAUGGGCUGCAGUCUUGUGUGAUCAUCAUUCGAGUCUUGCGUGAUUUAAGUCAGCGAGUACCCGUCUGGGCGAAAGUUCCGAGCUGGGCGAUGGAGUUGCUGGUGGAGAAGGUUAUCGGCAGUGCCACGGGCCCGCUUAGCCCAGGAGAAGCUUUGCGCAGGGUGCUCGAGUGUAUGGCCACAGGGAUACUGCUAUCAGAUGGCUCUGGAUUGUUGGACCCCUGCGAGAGAGAGCCGACAGACGUUUUGGAAAGCAUGAAAGUUCAAGACAGGGAGGACGUAACCGCAAGCGCGCAGCAUGCACUACGGCUACUUGCCUUCCGUCAGAUCCAUGAGGUACUUGGCAUGGACUCUGGGCCUGUGACCAAGGCCGGCGUUCGCAUCCGCAAACGCCGACGGGACGCUAGCGAUAUAAGCGAUGGGGAAGUGGAAGGCAAGAAGGACAAAAAGGAAGAGGAGGUCAUGAGUGCUUGA